ACAUACUGCGCAGUUGCAGCGGUCCAGACCGGGACAAGGGCGACGGAGGAGCACGGGCUGCACUGCGUCCACCGGCCGGGUCAGUCGACAGAGUGGGUGGUCCAACAGUGUGUGGACGGUACUGAGCUCUGUCCACCGGAGCCGACCACGGCGGAGGCGGCGAAUAUCAGAUGGAGAUGACAGAAGUGCGUAAAGACCUGGUCGCCCUUCGCCGGGAGGUGUCCGCCCUUCGUGAAGUGGUGGCUGCCCUUCGUGAAGAGAUGUCCGCCCUUCGGGAAGUGAUGGUCCCCCUUCGUGAAAAGGUGACCAUUCUGAGUGAGGUAGUGGCGAAAGACAAUUCAGACACGAAGAAGCUCAAGGGGGAGAACGCCGCACUUCACGGUGCGAUGGUCCGCCUGGAGCAGGCAGCUAUCGAGGAGCGGACCACUCGCCAGACCGUGGUGGAGGAUCUGCGGCAGGAGGUCCGCCGGCGAGCGGCGCCAUCCGGCCGUCCCCAGGGUAAAAUUACAAAAGCGUUUCAUGACGUCACGGUACAGACGGAGCCCCAGUCAUCGGCAGUCAGUGACGUCAUAGUACAGACGGAGCCCCAGUCAUCGGCAGUCAGUGACGUCAUAGUACAGACGGAGCCCCAGUCCUCGGCAACUAGUGACGUCACGGUACAGACGGAGCCCCAGCCACCGGCAGACAAUGAUACCACAGUGCUGAGAGAGGCGCUAAGGACCGUGACGACGUUCGACGCUCCGUCAGCCCUUGGCGAGGACCAGCUGACGGCGCUUCUGCAGAGUCUUCCUCGCUUGGAGGAGCUGACCGUCAGGGUCCCGUCCUUCGGAACGGGGCGGUGGCUGCGGCUGCUGCCGACGUCACUGAGGACGCUAUACGUUGCCGGGCCGGAGGUGACGAAGUCGAUGUGGCCGGAACGGUACGGGAGUGGUCUGUCGGUAUCUCUCCAGGGGGUGGCUGCCGACACCAUCAGUCACCUGGCCACGGAGCUGGGGUCUCGGAUUACCCUACUAGACACAGAUGCACAAGUUACUACUAUUCCAAGUCAACUUCGUGGUGCCAUCAUCAGGGUGGGCCCAAACACUAUCAUCCUUCCGGCCGGAGUCGGUGACAGCGAGCUGACGGAGCUGCAGAUCUCACGGGAGACUGUGGAGCGGCUGUCAGUCACCACCGCCGACCUCCCGCGACUGAGGGAGCAGCUGCCGGAGGGCCUCAGGCGCCUCAAUGUCAGAGGGCCGGAGGUGACGGAGCCGAGGUGGCCGAAAUGGUACGGGAGUGGUCUAUCAGUGUCUCUCCAGGGGGUGGCUGCCGACACCAUCAGUCACCUGGCUGGCCUGGGACGGACGGUCACAGUACUGGAUAUAUACGACUGUCAUGAUCUCACGGCCGGCAGCCUGGAGCCCCUCACCAGGUGCCGUGAGCUGCGGUUUCUCACCCUGUCCGGCGGCGUCCCUGACACCGUGAGCCUGGAGCCCCUCACCAGGUGCCCUGAGCUGUGGCAUCUCACCCUGUCCGGCGGCGUCCCUGACACCGUGAGCCUGGAGCCCCUCACCAGGUGCCCUAAGCUGGAGAGUCUCACCCUGUCCGGCGGCGUCCCUGACGCCGUGUUGGACAGUCUCAGCGGCUGCCCCGGGCUGUGGAGACUUACACUGGGGGACCGCCAGCGGCCGGCUGAGACGGCCUUCACAGCAGCAGCGGUCACCAGCCUGGUGAAGUCGUGUCGGAAUCUGGGCCGUCUGUACCUUCACUGCACGGCAGACACCACCCGGGCCGUGCUGACCGCCCUGAAGGAGGCGCACCUGCGCCGGGGUAUAUUCGGUAGCAUCGGUCUCCAUGUCCCCGGUGAGCUGUACCGUCAGCUGAAGAGACAGGAAGGCGAUGGGGUCAAAGUGUUUGAGUGGAAGCAUUGAUGCGCUGCACUACCGACCGUGCAGUGAUGAGCUGACUGCAGAGAGGCCGAGCCAGUCGGCCGGGGCCGCCAGCUGACUGCUGCCGUGUGUGCUGCACCAGCCGGCACUGAGAGCGGCGCCGGUCAGCCGGCACACGGCCCCGGUGUCCGCUCUAGUAGUAGUAGUAGUAGUAGUAGUAGUAGUAGUAGUAGUAGUAGUAGUAGUAGUAGUAGUAGUAGUAGUAGUAGUGUAGAUGUAGUAGUAGCACACAGUUGUGAUGUAGUGGGUAAUUACCGGGCGGGUAUUGUGGGUAAUUGGACGGAAGAUGUGAUGCAGUGGGUAAUUACCGGGUGGGUAUUGUGGGUAAUUGGACGGGAGAUGUGAUGUAGUGGGUAAUUGCCGGGUGGGUAUUGUGGAUAGUUGGACAAGAGAUGUGAUGUAGUGGGUAAUUACCGGGUGGGUAUUGUGGAUAGUUGGACAAGAGAUGUGAUGUAGUGGGUAAUUACCGGGCGGGUAUUGUGGGUAAUUGGACGGGAGAUGUGACCUAGUGGGUAAUUACCGGGCGGGUAUUGUGGGUAAUUGGACAGUGAAAGUGAUGUGAUGGAGUGUAUACUGAUCGUGACAUUACGAUAGGUACUCUGUAUGUAGAACACACCUCUAACCGGCGUGAAUGCGGGCCCUCUCGGACUGUCCGACUCGGUUCACCGCGCCUGGUCCCGGCGGCACGGCCGGCCUCGGUCACGUGACCGUCCCCCGGUGGAGUCGGACGGCUCGGUCACGUGACCGUCCCCCGGGUCUGGCUGCACCUCGGCUCGGCGGUGCUGAGCGCCGUGCUGAGCGUGUUGUGGCACGUCCCACACGGACAGCUCUACUCGACUACUGGCUAGCUGCCGUCCGAGCUGGCAGUAUACACUAGUGAUGUCAAUUACGGAAAAUCGGAAUACCGAUACCAAACCAAAUACCAACCAAAACCACGGGAAAAUACCGAAACCAAACCAACUUGGGAAAAUGAGGGAAAUACCAACUUUUUACCGAUUUCUUAACCUCGUAUACAUUAGUGAGGGUUUAUGAUACCAACAAAAUACCGAACACAUUACGAUUGAAAUACCAAAUACCAAGUUGGUAUCGGUUUGGUAUCGGUAUACCAAAAAGUUGGUAUCCGAUUGACAUCUCUAGUAUACACGCGGUGCCAGUUCAGACGGCGGCCGGCCGCGCCGCGCCCGCCCGCUCCGGUCCCGGCCGGCGGCCGUCACCCGGCCCGGGGCGGGGACCGGUCCGUCAGCUGACCAUUGGUCAGUCAGCUGAUUGGUCAGUCAGCUGAUUGGUCUGUCAGCUGAUUGGUCAGUCAGCUGACCAUUGGUCCGUCAGAUUGGCCAGUCAGAUGUCUACUAUAUACACGAGAGGAGACGCUUCAGCUGUACCAUCUGUAGCCUAGGGCAAUUAGUUACCGGGCGAGUAUUGUGGGUAAUUGGAUGAAGUGAUGCGAUUUAGUGGGUAAUUACCGGUCGGGUAUUGUGGAUAAUGUAACCCUGGGUAUGAUAUAGCCGGCUAUUCAACGGUCGGAUAUAGUCAGCUGGAUGCUACUGAAUUGUGUAGAGCUCUUACGGCACCGGUCAUAACGAGUGUCCUCGCGUCUGUCCGACUCGGUUCACGGAAGCACGCCGUCACGGCCCGGGUGUGCGCCGCCAUGUUUUGUGUCCUCUGCUUCGUACAGGGGGGUAAUUGGGCUACCGACCGACUGGGAGUCGGAGUCGGAGUCCGUGUCAAUCAAGCUGCCUUGACUCCGACUCCGGAACGGCUUUUUAGAUUUUAGUUAUCACUUGGCCACGCUACUGAUAAUCGGCUGCGCUUUGACUAAUACAUUUUACACAUG